GACUUGUUACAGCUUCAUGGAAGUACAAACACGGAAACUUGUGUGAACGAUGUAUUGUUUAGAGGAAGCGCCAGUGCGCGACGCUUCUUCAGGUCGCGCUUUGUGACGGGCCGCGCCGAUGCGGAGGAAUGGACAGAGGAGACAGAAUGGUCCACGGCGGAACGGAGCCGGGACGGGCUGAAGAGGCUCUGCAUCAGUGCCAGCUCAUCCAGAACCUGGUGGACAUCUCCAUCUCCAGCCUGCAGGCGCUCAGGACCACAUGCGCCGCAUCCAACGACCUCACCCGGCGGGAGAUCCGCAAUUUAGAGGUGAAGCUCACCAAGUACAUGUGGACACAGCUGCAGUGGAAGCAGAGGAUUCCAGAAAGAGAGAGACCUGAAGCUAUGGCUGGAUACCCAAGACUGGAUCACUGGCUCCUAACAGCUGACCUCACACCCCAAUUCAUACAGGCUGCAGCAGGGAAACUCUCAGUGGACAGGUUGCUGCAGAUGUCCAGCUCUGAGCUGCAGGACACGAUGAGACGCUUGGGCUCCAACUCAGAGGAUCGUUCUCGCCUCACUGCCGCCCUCUCCUGUCUGAAGAGCGCCAAUGAAACAGGAGGUGACCCAAGGCCUGACUUAGGCUCCUGCAGCUCCGAGCCCCAACAAGACAGCAAUACCUUCUCUCCCAUCAGCCCCCUCUCCAGCCCUCCCACUCCUCUGCAGGCUACCAGUGCUCAUGGCCGCUCCAUCUCCAUAUCAGUGGUGCCUUGUUCAAACGACCAGAGACCUUACGUUUCAGCUGAGGAAAUGGCCGAUGCAUUCGCCCUGGAGCAGAGCUCCCCCCCGGCCAGCCGAGCCUUGAAGACGCACAACGCCAAGCCCUCCCACACGCCACCGCCGCCUUCCCGCAAACUGCUGCAGCUCCUCCCCAACAUGACGAGAAGCAAGAGUCAUGAGUCACAACUGGCCAACCGCAUCGAGGAGGCUACGUCAAACAAGGCCUGCAAAAAGAACAAAGCAUUGGCUGCUAUUCAUAUCAACGGUGGUGGGAACCCUCCCGAGGACUCAGCACUGCGUUCCCCGCUGCUGUCUGCCCGAACACCAGGUCCUGUCCCAGCCUCAGCCCCAUACAUGAUGCCUGCCAACCCCACGCUGCUGGACAAUGUGACCAUGCACAGGAGCUCCCCUCAGACACUGAGGAGAGAUAUCGGCCUGGCAGUGACACACAGGUUUUCAACCAAGUCCUGGCUCUCCCAGACGUGCCAAGUGUGUCGCAAGAGCAUGAUGUUUGGUGUCAAGUGCAAACACUGCAAGUUAAAGUGCCACAACAAGUGUACCAAAGAUGCUCCCUCAUGUCGGAUAUCAUUUCUCACGUUGCCAAGGAUGCGCAGGGCAGAAUCAGUGCCGUCGGAUAUCAAUAACCGGAUUGAUCACACAGCAGAGAUCCCACUGCAGUUCGGCACUUUACCAAAGGCAAUAACCAAAAGGGAGCCUCCCCCCAGUUUAAACCAGAUGGACUCCAGCAGUAAUCCGUCAUCAGCCACCUCAUCCACACCUUCCUCCCCAGCACAUUUCCAGCAGAGUAACCCCCCAAGUGUCAGCGCCACCCCCCCACCCAACCCAUCACCGCAGGGCUCCCGGGACAACCGCUUCCACUUCCCAGAUGUUUCCGCUUCCGCUCAUGUUCAACAUUCUGGCAGCUGCUACGAUCCUGGAGUGUCACAGGUGGCCAUCACUGAGGCACAGCUGACAGCAGUGGAGCAAGGAGGGGAGGACGAGGCAGAGGAAGACUACCCAGCUGAGGACGAGGAGGCAGCUGACCAGCGCAGCAGAGAAAAGAGCACAGAGGAGUGUGACCAGGAUGGGCUGGAAGACCUGCCUCCUUCUUCAAUAUGUCGUCGGGGGGCCGUUGGCCGCUGGAGGGGCCCCAUCUCCCGUAUGGCCAGCCAGACCAGCGUGUACCUGCAGGAGUGGGACAUUCCGUAUGAGCAGCUGCAGCUGGGAGAGCUCAUCGGCAAGGGCCGCUGGGGGAAGGUGCACAAGGGUCGCUGGCACGGCGAGGUGGCCAUUCGCCUCCUGGAGAUCGACGGCAACAACCAGGAUCACUUGAAGCUCUUUAAGAAGGAGGUGAUGAACUACAGGCAGACCAGGCACGAGAACGUGGUCCUGUUCAUGGGUGCCUGCAUGGCUCCGCCCCACCUCGCCAUCAUCACCAGUUUCUGUAAAGGUCUGACUCUAUACUCUGUUGUAAGAGAAAGAAGCCACAUGCUAGACCUCAAUAAAACCAGACAGAUUGCACAGGAGAUUGUCAAGGGAAUGGGUUAUCUGCACGCCAAAGGCAUCAUUCACAAGGAUCUAAAAUCAAAGAACGUGUUCUAUGACACAAACAAGGUGGUCAUUACAGACUUUGGCCUGUUUGGGAUGUCUGGAGUGGUACAAGAAGGCAGAAGAAAGAACGUGCUGCGGAUACCUCAGGGCUGGAUCUGCUACCUGGCUCCAGAGAUUGUUCAAAAAAUGAGCCCAGAGGUUGAUGAGGACCAGCUGCCUUUCUCCAAAGCUGCUGACGUUUACGCAUUUGGCACAAUCUGGUAUGAGCUACAGGUCGGAGACUGGCCAAUCACCAACCAGCCUGUGGAAGCUAAAAUCUGGCUAGUGGGCAGCAAUGAGGGCAUUAAGAAGGUGCUGGCAGUUGCCAACCUGGGCAAGGAGGUCACGGAGAUCCUGUCUGCCUGCUGGUCCUCUGAGGCAGACAACAGGCCCACCUUCACCCACAUGGCAGACAUGCUGGAGAGACUCCCCAAACUGAAUCGCAGGCUAUCUCACCCCGGACACUUCUGGAAGCCACCUGAGUAUGUAACAUAGACGGAGAAGGUACAUUCAUGGUCCAGGGUGAACCAGGCUGUAUCAUCAUUCACACCAACACUCAAAAAGGGAGUCCAUAUCAUUUUAUUCAGUCGGCCAAAAUCUAAAAUUUCAUGUCAUGUAAGCGGAAUGAGAUGAGCUGGUCAAGUCAAAUGGAAAAUAUUGUAAAUAUGAUUUUGUAAAGAAAUGUGAAUAUUAUGAAGCUUUCCUGCUGAGUAUCAACUAAUAUAAAUGACACUGUCUAAUGUGACUAAUAUUUUGUAUUUUGAGGAAAGAUCUAGUAAGACAUUUUAUACCGAAUAUGGUGUUUUAGUUGUUGCUCCCUCUACUCUUCCUUCAUCCUUCCCUCCAGUCAUUUGAAUAGUGUUUCUCACAGUCAGCAGUAAUAUUUUGUCUCGUGUCUGCUUCUUUCUCUUCUCUCUGUGAUUUACUCUCCUCUGGGUGCCAACUGAUCCACCUCUGCCUGCUCCUACCGUGCCUGUUCUCCACGGUCUUCUUCGAUCCUACACUUUCACCUCCGUCGAUGCCUCUGUUUCCCUGUCUCUCCAUUGUUUUUCCAACACUCCUGACUUCUGUCUCCUCGCUCCAUUCUUCUCCUGGCGAAGGCUGUGGGAUCAUCAUCACUGCCAUCAGGGCCUGCAUGCACACUGUCCAUAUAUGUACAAAUACAGCAGCUGAGGGGCAAAGCUGCUCUUGCUUUAUUUUUGAUUGAUAUUGAUGUUGACUUUUUAUGCAGCAUAUAACAUAUCCAGUAUAUUUUCACCUGGUGUUAACAAGUGAUCUGUAUCUGGUAUCGAUUUUUGUUAUCUUGAUUCUGCCCGCAUUCUGAUCAGCUCAAUAAAAUAAUAAUAAUAGCUUUUUGACAAGAUGCCUCCUGCGUACAGUUACACCUGAGAGUCUUCUUCUCCAGAUAAGUUAUCCAGACACAGACUACAUGUUCAUACCGGGGUGUAAAUGGGGUCUAAAACCUGUCUGAAUCAGGCUGGUACUCUCUGCAAUAGAGAACUGGUCCUUCUGACCUUCUCCUGCCUUCAGGUUGUGCACCAGCCAACUUGCCUUUGAGCUAUUUAAUUGGAAGUGUGUUGUUGUUUCUAUAAAUUCAGCCUUUAAAGUCCCACCCCUUUUUGCAGUAAAAAAGGGCAUGCCUCCGUCAACUUCCUCUAUAUAUAGUCACAACUUAAGAUGUGACUAUAUAUAUAUUGCUUUUAUCUUUUAACCAUCUACAAAAUGUGGUUGUUUUUUCAACAUAGAUUAGCCUAGCACAUAGCAUAUCUAAAUACAGGAAAGGACAGAGGUUCCAAAAGGGGCGGGACAUUGGAAUGAUCAAUUCAAAUUUACUUUCUGGGAAUGCCCAUAAUUAAGUUAUGUCAAUUCGUAAAAGGUUGUAGGGUAAUAAUUGUAAUAUAUCUGAUAGUCAGUCAUUCGUCUUACAGCCAGUGUACACAGCAUCCAUUCUGUCAGUUGCCACAGACAAUCCACUGCCAUUCUAGCUGGUGUGCAUGUGUGUCUCCGUCUCUCGCUCCACUGGGUAUAGCGCCGGAGUGAUUCAUGCAUGAUCCUUUUCCAGUGGACAUUGAAUCUGUAACGGAGCUGGAUGCUGUCUACAUUUCAAAACCAAAACCCUUGCAUGCACUGACUAUAAGUUUUCUAAAAACAAAAAAUAACCCAUCCUGGUCUGGCAUGAGUCAGCGAAAAAUACGUUAAUGUCACAAUAGCUGCUGUUGAAACUGCCAACUGGCUCCUCCAACUUUCUAACCACUUGCUGUUCUAGCUCUCUGUGAAGACUUUAUUACUUUAUUUAUUAAGUCUUUAUUAUGUCUAUCUGUAUGUCAGUGGACAGAGUGCCUGAUCACUGUUAAUGCAUCCUCAUAGCUGGAAGGCUGCUGGGUUCAGCUGUUACUAGCCUAUGACUCUUCCUAAUUAUUGUAUUGUAUUGUAUUGUAAUUUGGGUGAAUUGAAAAGUAUGUAUGAUCAAUACUUCAUUUUAAUUGUAUGGCCAUGGUAUAAGCAAUAUAAUCCACAUUUACCCACCUCUUACGACCACUGCCUUUGCUGUGAUGUAUGUGACAUGCUGUCAAUUCAGCUGGUCCUAAAUGACUGUGUUGGGACAGCUUUUGCUCUGGUUGCUGCAACAAAUAGAUAUAAGUGAUAAUAGUAAUAAUCUUAUUUCAAUGAAAUGGUAAACCCCUGAGUGAUAACUUCCCAUACUCAGAUUUAAUGAGAGCUUCAGGUGAACUGACUGUUUGUUCAGUGUGUGUGUGUGUGUGUGUGUGUGUGUGUGUGUGUGUGUGUCCUUUCCUCAGGCAGGAGUACAAUGUACACUCACUGAAUGUGUCUGAAUGUAGCACAGUGGAGCCCACUCAAUCAAUCAACGGCCUUGUGCAUAUAUGUAUGUACAGUACUGGCUGCAGGUUGUAUUUAAUGCACAGUGUUUGUACAAGGGUUUCAGUCUGAGAGCAUUUUAAUUGGUACUUCUUUCAUAUUUAUGUAAAGAUUUUAGACAUUGUGUAAACUGUUGUUGGUGGAUUGGUAUUUUGUUUUGUUGUUUUUUUUCGGGGGGGAAGAUGUGUAGAGUAUUUUUGUACAGAAUGCGUUGAUACUUUGUAAGCUUCUUGUCUGAACAAUUGAAGAUAUUAAAGCUUAUCUCCAGUGA